AGGUGUUUAGGGGAACUUGACGUUUUGUAUGAACUUGUCCCCAGUCCCUUGAACUCGCUUGGUUCAAUCACUGCUCGAGAAGCCUGGGCAAACAAGGGUCGCACUCAGCAUUCGUUACUGGCAUGUCUACUUUUGCUUCUCAUGGUCGUGGCGUUCUGCGCAAAUCUGUUAGCUCGCCUGCUGCAGCUGCAGUGGUGUGCGAGGUGCACAAGAUCGUGGACCAGGUUGAUAACCGUGUUGCACAACAGCACAAGCAGCGCCCAGCCUCGCCCUACAAGUAUCCCCUGGACUCAUGUAAGUCCAAGAGCGACUCAGCUGAGGUGUCUCCUCGUCAGUAUGUCAAGACCUACAUGCUGCAUGACGACAUGAUGAUGGAUGCGCGUUCCAUGGACAAUCACUCUGAGCCAUUCGAAGGACCCAAAUUGCAUCAUGUUGGCGCCAACGCAAACCGCGUUCCUGUUCCGGACGGUCCAGUGUACAGUGCGUUUCAAUUUGAGGUCACGUCUAUCCGGGAUGAAGGGACUGGGGCUCGCAGCGUCUCUCCUGUCAGUGUGUCAGACAGAGAGCCGUCAGGUAUCAUGCCAGCUUCCGGCGAGCCUGUUAGGAUGGCAGGAGCAGACAUGUCGAGGAGUGAGAAAGAAGAUGGCGCUAAAAUGGACGAUUUGAAGAAUUCCAAUCACUUGCUUCGCCGAGCCCUUGCAGCCGUUCAGCAUCGUUUGCAAACUGUGGAGUCGGAAAGGGAUCAGCUGAGGCGAGAAAGAGAUUAUUUCCGCAAUAUGGCUCUUCGCUUCCCUUUCUCCUUUAAUGUCCACAAUGCAGGGGAAAGCCGCAAACAGUUUGCCGACCCCUGAUCGCCUCCGUUCGUCGGGUUAUAUUUCAUGUACUGCCACUAUGUAUUAUACCACUUUAGUAUCCUGAGAGUGAAAUAUUAUUG